GUUCCCCUCCGGAAAUUCUGUGAAGUGUUGUCGUUGUGAAGUGUCGAUAUACCAUAAUGCAGAGGGCAUAGCACCGCCACGAGUGUUCAGAGAACCGAGUUAAGGAACGGAGAAACAGAUGCAGCUGGAGUCGUCUGUGGGCCCCUUAAUUCACAGCGUGCCCCUCGCCCACCACCGCUCUGCGGCUUUAUCCUUAAGUGAUUAAUAGUGUUAUGACAACUGCUUAUUUAAUGAAAUUGCUUAACCAGGUAGUUUAGGACAUGCUAGUAUAAUUGAGUUAUUGCAAGAAACCAAGGUGCCUUACUCCUUUAGGAAAAGGUUCCAGGAAGAGACAUCAGUGUCCUUGAUACAAUUUUAAGACAGCUGCCCCUUCUCUUAAAAGCUGUACUUUUCCCAGAGCUCUUCAAAUUGCUUUGAUGAUUUCUGGGAGAAAGCGUCCAUCAGUUAGGUGCUUCAUCAGCCUCCCCUCACCCCACUGCUCCGUUAUAAAGAAAAUCGGACAUAAAUUCAGUCAUGAAUUGUAGAGAACUCUUUCUCCUUGAGGCAGCUGUCCAGACUGAUGUAACACAGAGAGGAACUGAUAGAACCAAGCAGGAUGUUCGAACUUGAUGUCUCUUCAUACUCAUACUCAUACUGUUUCCCUUCCUAGUUAUGCCCAGUUCUUACCCACUACGUUACCCCUUCUUGUUUCUCCGUCUUGCUACAUUUCUGACAGUUGUGACUUAGCUAAGAAGUAAACGCAAGCUGUCACUCCUUUUUGCAACUCCUAACAUUCUGGAUACGAAUAACACAAGAUAAAUAAAACAAAACAGGUAAAACUGGAUGUGGCUCAGUCAGUUCUCAACUAGGAAGAACCAAUAUUCGUCCUAGACAAAAUAAGACAGAAAAGUUGGACUCAGGAAUAAUGACCACAAAAGAAAUCCCAGUGGCAGGCACGACAUCCUGAAGUAAAUCCAUCAGAAUGACACCUUCUCAGGUUACCUUUGAAAUAAGAGGAACUCUUUUACCAGGAGAAGUUUUUGCAAUAUGUGGAAGCUGUGAGGCUUUGGGAAACUGGAAUCCUCAAAAUGCUGUGGCUCUUCUUCCAGAGAAUGAAACAGGUGAAAGCAUGUUAUGGAAAGCAACCAUUGUACUCAGUAGAGGAGUAUCAGUUCAGUAUCGCUACUUCAAAGGGUGCUUUUUAGAACCAAAGACUAUCGGUGGUCCAUGCCAAGUCAUAGUUCACAAGUGGGAGACUCAUCUACAACCACGAGCAAUAACCCCUUUAGAAAGUGAAAUUAUUAUUGACGAUGGACAAUUUGGAAUCCACAAUGGUGUUGAGACUCUGGAUUCUGGAUGGUUGACGUGUCAGACUGAAAUAAGAUUACGUUUGCAUUAUUCUGAAAAGCCACCUGUCUCAAUAACCAAGAAAAAAUUUAAAAAGUCUAGAUUUAGGGUGAAGCUGACACUAGAGGGUCUGGAGGAAGAUGACGAUGAUAGGGUAUCUCCCACUGUUCUUCACAAAAUGUCCAAUAGCCUGGAGAUAGCCUUAAUAAGCGACAAUGAGUUCAAGUGCAGGCACUCCCAGCCCGAGUGUGGGUACGGGUUACAGCCUGAUCGCUGGACAGAGUACAGUAUACAGACAAUGGAACCAGAUAACCUGGAACUAAUCUUUGAUUUUUUUGAGGAAGAUCUUAGUGAACAUGUGGUUCAGGGCGAUGCUUUUCCUGGGCACGUGGGUACAGCAUGCCUCCUGUCGUCUACCAUCGCGGAGAGCGGGAAGAGCGCCGGGAUCCUUACUCUUCCCAUCAUGAGCAGAAAUUCCAGAAAAACCAUAGGCAGAGUGAGAGUUGACUAUAUAAUUAUUAAGCCAUUACCAGGAUACAGUUGUGACAUGAAAUCUUCAUUUUCCAAGUAUUGGAAGCCAAGAAUACCAUUGGAUGUUGGCCAUCGAGGUGCAGGGAAUUCUACAACCACAGCUCAGCUUGCUAAAGUUCAAGAAAAUACUAUUGCUUCUUUAAGAAAUGCGGCUAGUCAUGGUGCAGCCUUUGUGGAAUUUGAUGUACAUCUUUCAAAAGAUUUUGUGCCUGUGGUGUAUCAUGAUCUCACCUGUUGUUUGACUAUGAAAAAGAAAUUUGAUGCUGAUCCAGUUGAAUUAUUUGAAAUUCCAGUAAAAGAGUUAACGUUUGACCAACUCCAGUUGUUAAAGCUCGCUCAUGUGACUGCACUAAAAUCUAAAGAUCUGAAAGAAUCUGUGGUCGAGGAAGAAAGUUCCUUUUCUGAAAACCAGCCGUUUCCUUCUCUUAAGAUGGUUUUAGAGUCUUUGCCAGAAGAUGUAGGAUUUAACAUAGAAAUAAAAUGGAUCUGCCAACAAAGGGAUGGAAUGUGGGAUGGUAACUUAUCAUCAUAUUUUGACAUGAAUCUGUUUUUGGAUAUAAUUUUAAAAAUUGUCUUAGAAAAUUCUGGGAAGCGGAGAAUAGUAUUUUCUUCAUUUGAUGCAGAUAUUUGCACAAUGGUUCGGCAAAAGCAGAACAAAUACCCCAUAUUAUUUUUGACCCAAGGGAAAUCUGAUAUUUACCCUGAACUCAUGGACCUCAGAUCUCGGACAACCCCCAUUGCAAUGAGCUUUGCACAGUUUGAAAAUCUACUGGGGAUAAAUGCACAUACUGAAGACCUGCUCAGAAACCCGUCCUACGUUCAAGAGGCAAAAGCUAAGGGACUAGUCAUAUUCUGCUGGGGUGAUGAUACCAACGACCCUGAAAACAGAAAGAAAUUGAAGGAAUUUGGAGUUAAUGGUCUGAUUUAUGAUAGGAUCUAUGAUUGGAUGCCUGAACAGCCAAAUAUAUUCCAAGUGGAGCAGUUGGAACGUCUGAAACAAGAAUUGCCAGAGCUUAAAAGCUGUUUGUGUCCCACUGUUAGCCGCUUUGUUCCCUCGUCUUUGUGCGGGGAGCCUGACAUCCACGUGGAUGCCAAUGGCAUCAACAGUGUGCAGAGCGCUUAGCGUUUUAUCGCGUCAGAUCGUGUGGGGCCCCGCGCCGCUAUUCUGGGUAUUCGCUGUGCAUCACGGAGCAUUGUUUAUCUCUGCCUUUUAGGUUUGCAGUCCAAUGAAGCAAUAAUGUAAUAUCUUACUAUUUCACUACAGUUCUUGCUAGAAUUUCAAGUAUGCUAUUUAAAUCACUUGGCCAGGUAUAAUUACCAGUCAGUCUCUUUACAAGGAGAAAAUUUAUUGGUUGGUAAAUAUUUUAAAUUAAGUAUGUAAAAAUGUAUAAUGUUAAACAAAUGUUCAUUAAAAAUAUAGUACUUUGAAAUGAACUAUUUAAGUAUGUCAUAUUUACAUUUACUACAAGUUUUCAUUUGAUCAGGUCUGAAAUAUUUAGCACUCAAAACAUGACUGUGCAUAAUUAUACCUGACCAUGGGAAAAAUAAGUACCUCAAAUGCAUGUAUUUGCACUGGUGGUUCCAGCUGCACAGACCUUUGUGCCAUUUGUGUACAUACGUAUUUUCUACGUGGAUUGACCUGCACACGUGUACCAUGUCCAUUCGGUGUGAACCUGAGGCUGCUGCCGUUUCCCCACUUUAACCAAACCAAUGCCUGUGUGAACAGCCUGGAGGUGAUCCUUGAAAACUUGUUUCAUGAAUCUUUCAUAAGUUGUUUUGCAUAAAUAUUAAAAUUUCAAAAUGCUGCAGGGUAAUUUAAUGUACAAAAUUUUAGCAGUAGUAUGGGUUGCACACUUAGUACAAUAGAUCAUAAUGUAUAAAUUCUCGUCAAUGCAUGCUUUAGGUUUUAAGCAUGAGAUUGUACACGUUUACUGUAAGUCCUUGCAUCUGUGGUGCUAGGUGAGUGUGAGAGGGUGUCAAGGACUGAAAAAUACUUUGUUGCCUAAAAGUAAGAAAGAAAAAAGCCUCUUUGACAGGCAUCUUAAACAUGCUUACGUGUCUCUCACUACCUAUUACACACCGUUGCUUUAUGGGUUUGUUUUGUCUGUGUGUGUGAUUUGGUAGUUAAAUCUCCAAGCAGAAAAACAAAUGUCCUGAAUUCUCAUAUUGAUACUCUUUAUUGGUUAAUGUAUAUCAUGCAUGUAAUUUAUUUAGAAAUGUAGAAGAUUUGUACGCAUGUUGUUAGGAUUAUACAAAGGAUUUUUUCAUUAGAAGCAGAUUGUUUUGACAUAACUGUAACUUAAGGAUGAAUGUUAAAUAAAAUAUACAGAAUUAUUUUCUUCAUUAUAAAAUGAGAUUUUAAGAAAGUGUUACUUGUGCAGAAUUGGCUCUGUGGCAUUACUGUGAGAAAUUGGAGUUGUGUCCACCCUGAACGGGACGGCUUGGUCGCAUCUGCCUUGUGCUGCGCGUUAGUCACUAGGUGGUGUUUUCACGUACUGGCAUAUUUUGGCAGUAGCUGAGAACUGAAAACUUGGCUUAUAUGUGGUAUCUUUUAUUUUUUAGGCCAAGCAAUGCAGUUUUGGUCAGACCUUAAUUGUGUGAUGACGAUCGGCUUUAAAACCCUCAGGUAUUGUGUUUGUACCGCUGAUACUUGACAGAGAACAGUUUAAGAAACAGAGUCUUCUGCAGGCGUUCUGUGUAUAUCUCUUCCGUUGAAUGAAUUUUUCCACCACUUGAUGUGGAAAUUCACUUGAGGUGAAUUAGACACUUUUAGAAAAUUACUGAAAAAGAAUUAGCUUUCUUGAUCUGCAGACCUUUGUACAAUACAAUUAACCAUUACCUUAUGAUAACUUGAUUAGCCGUACGUGUGUAUUUCUAGUCUGCCUGUCUGCUCCUCCCCUCUGCCUUUCCAGUUCGAGCUCCAUUUUGAAGACUCGCAGGUCAUGAAGGAAAAGAAGAGAGGAGGAAAGGAAGUGAUGGGGUGGGGUGGGGGGUCAGUUUGCUGAACGGUGUGAUUUGCUGAGAAGAGCUUACAGUGACUGCUCAUGGCAUGGGCAGAACCUCACUGCUCACUUUCUUUCCUGUCUCUUCCCAACCUUAUAAACACCAGGGUUAGUAGAUGAUUAACGCAUAGCAAGCAGUGGCUCCCUGUCUCCAUAGGACUUAGUCCAGGCUUCCGUAUCCCUAGCUGUAGCCCGGUACGCUCUGCUCCAGCCACGCCGCACCUGUGCUAGGCCCUGGCCUCGCCGAGUUCCUUACUCCUCCCUGUCGUAGCCAGGUGCCCUCUGCCUGGAGGCCUUCUCCUCCCCAGACACUCUCUGCCAAACUCAUUUCUCCUUAAGCCAUCGAUGGACCUCUCUCCGCUGCAGAACUUAGAAGGGAUGAAUCCGCCUUUUUUACUCCACAGUCGAUGCUCGUUCCUUGAUCACGCCGUGGAUCACGGCGCAUUCUCAGUAGACACAGUUGUUUGCCUCAACGGGCUGCUGGCUCUUCAAGGGCAGGGACCUUGUCUUACAAAUUUUUAUUUCCACAGUGCAUGGAAUAGUAGAAAGUAAGCGUUGGGAUCAUUGGGAUAGUAUAAUUUGUAUCAAAUGUCCUUUUGAAUCAAGAGGUUUAGUUAUCUUUACUAAGAAUGUACAUUUUGAAUUGGUUUACAUUUUGACUGUUGGAACAGUAUGUUGAUGUCAGUUUUAAAUGUAGAGUUAUAAUGUUAAAUUAUUUUAUAUUUUCUGGAAAUUGAAAAGUUUGCUAAAAUGCCACCAUUGUUCUUUGGUAUUUUCCACUCUCUGGAAUCAUGUACUGUAACUGGAUGUAAAUGUGAGGAACUGCUGCGCCCUGUGUCAGCGGUGCCUCAGGGCUGCCACCGCCGCCCGUUUACCUCACUCCCAUUCUCCCUGAGACGCUCGUCUGCUCCCCGAACCCCGCGCUUAGGCCUACCUCAGUCCCCCGUCCCCUGUCUUCCUUCAGUGUGCAGCUCAGGGGCCACCUCCUCCAAAACACUCCUCAGCUUUUGAUCAGAAUCAUGAUGCAGACAAAUGUAGACAGCCUCUCAGUCUCACUGCUGUAUUUGGCAGCUGCGGUAACGCACCCAGACAAGUUAACUGACUUACCAGGUUGGGGCUAGAACUGGGCUUUGCGACUCCUUAUCCCGAGUCCUUAAACGGCGCUGCCUUCUGAGUUCUCGUGGCAUUUGUUAGCUGUGCUUUCUUACGGUCCCACUUUUUAUGUGCCUGUUCUUUCUCCCUGAUAAGAUUGUAAGCCCCUUAAGGGCAAGGACUUCUUUGCAUUUCCAGCACUACCAUAGUUUUCUAUCCUUAGGUAUGAACUAGAUAAAUAAAUGGUGGUGGCUACAA